AUGUGUUGGGAUUGAAGGGCAGCAGCUCCAUGGGCCAUCUGUCUCAGCGGCGACAGCAACAAAGACGCCAGGAUGGUGCUGGUACAUGUCGGAUAUCUUGUUCUUCCAGUUUUUGGGUCUGUGAACAACAGAGGUACUAACUUCAGGGGUCCCCCUUUUCCAAGGUCACAGUCUUCUCAAGCCACUUCCUGCAGACAACUUCACCUCACUCAUCAAUAUGAAUUUCCUCUGCCUUAUUCUGUCCAAUCACAAGCAGCUCUGAGCACCCAAGUGACUUCAUCGCAUCAGCACACCACAUCCUCAUUGCCGUUGCACCAACCUUUGACAACCUUACCAAGCCCCCAGUUCCAAGAUGUGCCCACCUUCUUAACUCAGCCGCUACACCAGCAAUACCUCCUGCACCAGCAGUUGCUCGAGGCCCAGCAGGGAAGGCUGAUGGCAUUCCCCAGGCGGACACAGGAAAGGGCACCUCCUUACCCUCACCGCCUCCGGCCAGCCUUUGACCUCACCAACCAUUCUGUUUCACCAGUGGGAACACAGCCCAGGUACCUGACUGAAGGCAUCGAUUGGGAAAUCAGUGCAGAGGCUGGAUUAGCCCAUGCUCAAUAUCAGUUCCUCCCAGUGCACCGUCUACACCACUAUCCAGCAGCUCCCAGGAUACAUCAUAUAUCCAGAAGUAUGUCUUCAACAUCAGUGAUUAUUCAUGACCUAAGGAAUUAUUCUUAUCCACAUCUUCACCUGCUUACGCUCCAAGGAUUGAAUGCAGGACAACAGAUUCCAGCUGUCAGAGAAAGUUAUGAGGAACUGUUGCAGUUAGAGGACAGACUUGGGACUGUGAACCGGGGAACCAUGCAGAAUAUGAUUGAGAGGUGCACCUUGCCACACAAGUACAGAAAGAGAACCCAACAGGGCCUCAAAGAAGAUAAAAAGGAUGAAGAGGAAACUGACUUUGAUGAGAAGUGUACAAUUUGCCUCUGUAUGCUAGAGGAGGGAGAAGAUGUCAGGCGGCUCCCAUGCAUGCACCUGUUCCACCAAGUCUGCGUUGACCAGUGGCUGGCCACCAGCAAGAAGUGUCCAAUCUGCCGAGUGGACAUCCAAGCACAACUGUUCCCAGACAGCUGA